CUCAAACCUCCAUAACCAGCUUUCUUGCAGCCACUUUUGAAGCUCUUUCACCCGAUUUUUGGAGCUCCUUUAAUGGCUUCUAGGAGCUCAGCAGAAGAUGGAAGCAUCUGUAUACAAGUCAGUGACACUUGUGACUCAAGAAACACCAUUUUCGAACCGCGAAGAAGCCUUGGGAUGACAGACAGUAGCGGUGCAAAUUCUACUUCUCAGACAGCACCAGCACCAGAGAAGAAGCUGACAUUGUUUGCUCUCCGGCUUGCAAUUCUUGAAAAGGCAGCAACUGGGUUGGGAACUCUCGGAUUCAUCUGGGCAACAGUUGUUCUUCUUGGUGGAUUCGCCAUCACUUUGGACAAGACUGAUUUCUGGUUCAUCACCAUUAUUCUUCUGAUUGAAGGAACAAGAAUUUUCAGCAGGAGUCAUGAGCUUGAAUGGCAGCACCAAGCCACUUGGUCAAUAGCAGAUGCUGGCAUUAAUAGCUUCCGAGCUUUGAGAUCUGUCAAGGGUAUUUUCCAGUUGAUUUCUCCGGCUCAGAAACGAAGACAAAGCACCAGAGAAGUCAACGAAAUCAGUGAAGGCAUACCAGGAAGAUGGGAUCAAAGAAGAACACCAACCAGGACAUGGAUAACUUCUGAUGUUCCUCUUUUGCCAUAUGCUCCAUGGGUUUUUCUCUCCAGAAAUGUCAGCAAACUUCUCUACUGGCUCCAGCUUUCGUCUGCGAUAGCCUGCGUCGUUCUGUCAUCAAUGAAACUCAUAAAGCAUAACUAUGGUGACAUACAGAAGGGAGAUACUGAUAAGAGGAACCGGCAAUCUGCUCUCAACAUAUUUUACUCCCUGGCCUUGGCUGAAGCACUCUUGUUUUUAAUGGAGAAAACUUUUUGGGAAUGGAAGGUAAUUGUCUGUAAACUAUUGGAAGAAGUUAACAAAGAGUGUGAGUUGGGACCAUCUGGCAUGAUUUCCGUUAAAAGAUUCUUCUAUGACGCUUACUCAAGGUGUGUUAAUGGGAGCAUCUUUGAUGGAUUGAAAAUGGACAUGGUGAAUUUCUCCAUGGAACUUUUGGGUUCAAGUUCACCAGAUGAGCAGCUGAUUGGUGCCAGGAUUCUCUGUCAAUUUGCGAAAAGUGAGCAGUAUUCCGGAGACACAAUGAAGAAGAUUGGGAUCAAUUUGCCAGUCAUAGAAAGAUUAGUCGAAAUGUUGAACUGGAAAGACCCAGAAGAAGAAGAGAUCAGAAAAUCAGCAGCAGAAAUUUUAUCGAAACUCACUAGCAAGAAACAGAAUUCUCUUCGUGUAACGGGGAUAUCAGGCGCGCUGGAAUCUAUAUCAUCACUUUUAGAAGUCAGCAGAAGUGGCAACGGUGCAGCUGAUGAAAUCAGAGAGAAGAAAAUCAGCCAUGAUCAUCCAGAUUAUGGUUUCUGGACAUUUAACCAUUUAGGGCUCCUGAUACUGAAACUUGCCAGAGAUCAUGACAACUGUGGAAAAAUUGGGAACACAAGAGGCCUGAUGCCAAAAAUCAUAGAUCCUGUCACACACAAAUUAUGUCAGCAGAAGAGAACAAACUGCAAGAAGUCAUGGGUUGGAGUAGCAGCGCAUGUUUUCAAAUUCAUGACAUCAGAAGAAUCAAUCAGCAUGUAUGAGAAAGCAGGGAUUAAACAGGAUGAAUUAGCCAAAACACUAAUUAAUAUUUUGAAAAAGUAUGAAAAGCCAUCAAUUCGGGUUCCAAGAAUCCGGAGAUUUGCCAUAGAGUUGGCAAUAUGGAUGAUGCAAGACAAUGCUGGAAAUGAAGCGAUUUUCAAGGAGAUGGGAAUGGAGAAAGAGUUGGAGAAUGUUUUGGAGACAACGGCUGAGCUCGAGAACUUCAAUAUAUUCUCUGGUACUGUUGGAUUGAGCCGCCAUAGCACCACAAUUCAUUCACUGGUGGAGGCAGCGUUGAAGUUGCUGGAAGCAUGUUAAAAUCAUAUUGUCAGUAACACGGCGAAUGAAUAUAA